CAACAACAGAGCUUUGGUUUGCCUGGAAGCGCCAGCUUCCUUUGUAGUGUUCCGAAACCUACUACAAAGAUAUCUUUAGUUGCGGGUUGAGCAACACCGAUUGAACGAGAAGAAGCAUGACGACGACACCGAAGAACAGUGGUGGGGACCAGAAGACUUACCUAUCAACGGACGAGCGGAUCAAAAGCAGCCUGGGGCAAGGAGGAGAUCCACGAAUGGAAUCGACGACGAGCGACCAGGCCGCACGAGUGCCACAUCCCAUCUUCGCGAUUGUGAACCCACCCAGGGUGUCCUCCAUGGCGCGAGAAGCGCUCAUGGAGUGGCUAAAACUGAGAAAGGAGUACGAAGAGUACACCCGAGACCGCUGCAAAGACGGAAAAGAAGAAGUUUCUGCAGUGAUGAAGAGCGUCAAGAGUUCUUUUGACGCCAACGUGUUGGAGACCUUGUGCGAAGUGUGUUGGGGCGUGGAUCAGAGCAGUACAACCGAUGACUUUAUGUUAGAAAAGAAUCACGAAGUAACCGACAGCUUCCAAAACCAAGAGUUACCUGACGUGAAGGAACUGUUUCGCGAGGAGUUGCACAUGAACAUGAACAACACAGCCAUCGACGCGAGAGUAAUUGAAUACUUUCACCUAUGUAACUCGUUGAUAAAAAAACACGGGUUUUCAGGUUUCUUUGAGGAAGAUCGAGGUAUCAAAGAGAAAUGCAAGCUCAUUAUCAACUCGCUUCCUAAAGGGUUGAAGAGCAAGGUUCAGAAUGAGCUUGUGUACCGUGUUCCGGAAGCGAAGGGCGAUAUCCGUAAAUUGUACGAGCUCAUCCGUGUAAAAACGAAGGAGCAAGCAAUUGAAGAACGAGCUUUGAAGAAAGCGAAUUCAUCGCACAAUAAGCACCAACGGAAAGAACACAGUGCCCCGACGGGUCACCACCAGCACAAACGACGAGAAGGAUAA